AUGGCCAAAAAGAAGACUUCCAAAGGCUCUGGAUCAGGGUUCAGUGACCCAAGAUUUGCAGCAGCUCAAACUGACGCUAGAUUUCAACUUCCUAGUUUGAAGAGGAACAAGGUCAAGGUGGAUGACAGAUUCAGUAAAGAAGAACUUCAAAAGUUGAAUGUCAGCGCCACUGGUAAAAAGGUCAAGAUCGAUAGAUACGGUCGUAAGAUCAAGGACGAUGAUAACAAGGGCUUUGACAAGUAUUUCGAAGAAGAGAAAGACAGUGAAGGUGAAGAAGGCACUGAGAGUGGAUCUGAAGGCAGCUCAGAAUCAGAGGAAGAGUCAGAUACCGAAGAUGAAGCUGCUCCAGCCAAGGUGCUGAAAAAGACUUCAAUCAAGAAAGUUGAGCCUGAGGACUCUGCACUGGAGCUGGACAGUGAUUCAGAUACUGCAGUUGAAGAGGCUUUCGUUGACAGAGCUAGAGGUGAAGGUUUGUCGUCAUCAUCGGACGAGUCCGACUCCGAAGAAGAGGUUGAAGAAGAAGAAUCUGAUAUUGAAUUAGAAGAAGAAAAGCCAGAAGAAGGUGACCCCACGCCAUCCUUUGCGGUCGUCAACAUGGACUGGGACAACAUCCGUGCUGUGGACUUGAUGGCUACUUUCGUUUCUUUUGUGCCUAAAGGUGGCUCUAUCAAGUCUGUAACUAUUUAUCCAUCCGAGUACGGCAAAGAGCAAAUGCAGAAGGAAGAAGUUGAGGGCCCACCAAAAGAAUUGUUUGCUAAAAAGAAGAAGAAGGACGAUUCAGACUCUGAUUCAGAUUCGGAUGAAGAUCUCGAUUUGAGAAACGCUGAUGACCUUGAGAAAGCAGCAAGAAAGAUCUAUGAAGAAGACGAUGGAGAGGAAGAUUACGAUUCUAAAGCUUUGAGAAAGUACCAACUCCAGAGGUUGAGAUAUUACUAUGCUGUUGUUCACUGUGACAGUGUCGCCACCGCUAAGAACAUCUACGAUAACUGUGAUGGCUCAGAGUACGAAUCUACAGCUAAUACCUUUGAUUUGCGUUAUGUUCCAGAAGAUAUGGAGUUUGACGAUCAGGAUGCCAAAGACCAAUGUGACAAGAUCCCAGCGUCUUACAGACCAGAUUCUACCUUUGUCACAGAUGCUCUUCAGCAUUCCAAGGUAAAGUUGACAUGGGAUCAGACGCCAAAGGAAAGAACGACACUUUCAUCUAGGCUGUUUUCUCAGAAAGAGAUCGAUGACAUGGAUUUCAAGGCAUAUUUGGCUUCCGACAGCGAAGACUCCGAAGCAGAAGGAGCCGAGCUGCUCAAAGACAAGUACAAGAACCUCUUGGGUGGUAAGUUCUCUUUUGAUAAGGGUAACGAGCUGGAAGAGGACGUUGAUAUGGAAAUCACAUUCAACCCUGGCCUCGACGAAAACAAGGUUGAAGAAAAGGCCGAAGAACCAAAGGAAGAAUCCACCAUCGAUGCUUACAAGAGAAAAGAGAAGGAGCGUCGUGCUCGUAGAUUGGAAAAGUUCAAGGAGAAGCAAGCGGACAAUGAAGCCGAGAAAGAAGAAAAGCCCGAGAAGAGCAAGGGCAAGAAAGAUAAAAAGAAGAAGAACAAGAAGCAUGAACCAGUUGAUGAAAAGAGCAAAGCAGAGCUUGAGUUACUUCUUAUGGAUGAUGAUAAGGACCAAGGCCAGGAUAAGUCAGAACAUUUCGAUAUGAGAGAUAUCCUCAAGGCAGAGAAGGACAAAAAGAAAAAGAAGAAUAAGAAGAACAAAAAGUAUGAUACAGAGAUGGUGCAAGAUGGCUUCACACCUGAUUUGAAUGAUGACAGAUUUAAGGAGAUCUUUGAGAGCCAUGAUUAUGCUAUUGAUCCUACAAGCUCUGAGUUCAAGAAGACUGACACCAUGAAGCGUAUAUUGGAUGAAAGAUCCAAGAGACUGAGAAGGGAUGAUGGUGACGAGCGUAAGAGCAAGAAGGCGAAGAAAGAUAAAAAGAAGAAGUCAUCUGAAAGUUCUGUGGAUGAGGGCUCUCUGAACUUGAACUCAUUAGUUGCAAAGUUGAAGAACAAACUGCACCAGAAAUAG